AUGUCGAUGGAGUACAUAGGCGUUGGGCGUAUUCAACUGACAAGCCAUUCAACCCAACCACCACAACAAAACCACAAACUGAUAUCCGCAUACGUGUCAUUUCUGGUAUAUGACUACUCUUCAGGUGUAUGGCAAUUUCAAGGUUAUGGCUUUGUGCCCAAUGGCACCAGUGGUACAGCAAUUAUGCAGAUCCAUCACACUACUUAUGGAGCUACUGUACUAAUGCUGAUGGUCGUUCAUGAUCAACUGAAGUUUUACCAUAGCACCGUGGUGGAAUCAAACAUCUAUGAUAGGUGGAUGAGAUUAAAUGUGAUACAUGAUGUGGACGCCAAUAAGAAAACUGUGUUCAUCGAUGGUGUUAAAAAGCUACAGACUGAGGGAAAUGUUCCAUAUACUUACUAUUUUAAGUGUGGGGUUUAUGCUCAGGGGGAUGAAGCUCAUUGUUGCAGCGAGGAGCUUCACAGACACAGAAUAUGUCUAUACAAGAAUGGAGAAUAA